AUGAUCUUAGCCGCGACCAUUUGCCUCGGUGUUUGGUCAGUCGUGGCGAAUUUCCUCCCAGUAGCAGCUGUUAUAAAGUACGACCAGCUACACACGCCUGUGUAUAUCCUCAUGGCUAACCUGGCUACUAGUGAUGUCCUCACUGGUAUAGCGUUCGUGUUCGGGAGUGGCUCGACACUGUUCUAUGUACAGACUGGCUGUGUUCCGCCUAAGAUUAUGUCACGGCUCAUGUUCACGUCGAUUUUUCUCUCUGGACUGUCCUCUGCGUACAGUCUGAUGGCGCUAACGGCUGAGCGCUACUGGUUCAUCGUGCAUGGACUUACUUACGUCAACAAUGUUACUAAUGAUAAGUGUAGGGUCUUGAUCAUGCUAGUCUGGACGUGGUCUGGGCUGUUAGCGAUGUUGCCGAUCUUCGGCUGGCGAUGUGUAAGCCGCGUGGACGAAGGCUGCCUCCCGAUAGGGGGAGGGUUGCCUCCCAGCUACGUGGUUGUGGUGCUGGUUUCGCCCGCCGACUGCAACACCGCGAUGAUGGGCAACCUCUCCGAGGUAGGAGAGAAUUUCUCUUCAAACGCACCAGAAUGUCCGCAGAGCCCGGGGGAAGCGCCGGAUUAUCCCGGUAUAGAGUAUUUCAAACCGAUUGCAGCCGUUACCAUCGGCCUCGGCCUGUGGUCCUGCGUGGCAAACAGCCUCCCGCUAGCAGCCAUCAGCAAGUACGAGCAUCUUCACUCCCCCGCCUACAUCCUCAUGGCUAACCUGGCCGCAAGCGACGUCAUGACCGGUCUCUCCUUCGUGGUCGGGACCAGUACGACGGUGUACUACGUCUACGCAGUGGAGUCCCCCCUGUCCAAAACCGCCUCACGAGUCAUGUUCACGUCCAUCUUCCUCUCCGGACUGUCCUCCGCUUACAGUCUGAUGGCGCUAACGGCUGAGCGCUACUGGUUCAUCGUACACGGGAUGACCUACAUCAACAACGUCACCAACGACAAGUGUAAGGUCGUGAUCGCGCUAGUCUGGGCCUGGUCUGGGCUGCUGGCGAUGCCGCCCAUCCUCGGCUGGCGAUGCGACGAAGGCUGCCUCCCGAUAGGGGGAGGGCUGCCUCCCAGCUACGUGGUUGUGGUGCUGGUGUUCGUUUUCAUCCCGAUGGCGGCAAUCAUCGUCCUCAACAUGGGCGUGCUGUGGUGCCUGUGGAAGCACGUCAACGCCAUAUCUGCUCAAGAAGCCGCGGUGGGGGCCCAGCCUAGUAUCAAAAGAAAAUCCGGCAUCACUCUGGUCAUCAUCACCAUCGUGUUUCUUGUUGGAUGGCUGCCCAUCUUCAUCAGGAUGGCCAUGUUCACCGACGACUACUCGGUGCUCUACAGAAUGAUGGUCUUCAUCGUGAUGAAUUCGGCGAUCAACCCUGUCGUCUACGGCUUUCGUCUCAAAGAGGUCCGUCGCGGUGUUGUGCGGCUCUUCGCAAACAGUUUUGGGAACGCUAACUAA